AACUUGCAGGCGCCGAGUUAAUUGUUGCCGAAGCCAAAGAAGACCUUCUAGGCAAAUUGCAUGUCAUAUUGGAACCGUUUCUACUCCGACGCCUGAAGACGGAUGUUGCGUACUCCAUCCCUCCGAAAAAAGAAAUUGUUCUUUCGGCGGCAAUGACCGCUCGACAAUUGAACAUGUACAAAUAUACCCUCGAAAAGAACGUAGCCGCCGUACUGGCCGCAUCUCGACCGGACGAGGCGAAAGCAGAGUCGAUAUUAUCAGACAAAUCAGACAAAUCAGACAAAUUGAACAAUGUAGAAAAUAUCAAUAGCCUCAGCUCCAGGAAACCAUCCAGGAAAGGCGUCACCAAGAGGUCGUACAAAGAACUCACGGAUACAGAGUUCUUCAAAAACGUGACCGGCGAUGGACUUGGCAACGACGGCUAUAUAGCGCCUGUAGAUGCAGAAUCGCUCGUGGAACCGGUCCUAGGACAAGAUAAUCGGGUGACUAAUAUCAAGAUGAACAACGUGGUCAUGCAGCUGAGGAAGGUAGUCAACCAUCCGUACCUGCUGGACUAUCCUCUCACAGAUCAGGGUGAGUUCAGGAUAGACGAGGACCUGGUGCGGUCGUGUGGCAAGCUGAUGAUGCUCGAUCGUUUGCUGCCGGCCCUUAAAAAACGAGGGCACCGAGUGCUGAUCUUCUCACAGAUGACUUCAAUGCUGGAUAUACUCCAGGACUAUUGCUACCUACGCGACAUACAAUACUCUCGCUUGGAUGGCUCUACCUCACAAGAAGAGCGUGAAGCAGAGAUUAAGGCGUUCAGGAACGAUGAAAACCGCUCAGUAUUUCUUCUGAGUACACGCGCAGGGGGUCUGGGCAUCAAUUUAGUAUCGGCAGAUACGGUGAUCAUAUACGACAGCGAUUGGAACCCACAGGUGGAUUUACAGGCCAUGGACCGAGCCCACCGGAUAGGGCAGACCAAGCCAGUGCUUGUGUACAGGCUGGUAACAAACGCCACUAUUGAGGAGCGAGUCUUUGACAAAGCGCAAACUAAGCGGCGGUUAGAGAAGCUUGUGGUGCACAAAGACAAAUUCAAAGGCGUAAUUGCGAAUGGCGAAGCGACGAAGGGAGCCUUGACCAUGGAUGAUAUCUUGAGAGUCCUAAACGAGAAGGAUCGGGUGCAGGUGUGCGAUGACCCCCUGGGCGUCGUAUCGGAUGCGGACCUGGAGAAGUGGUUGGACCGGAGUGAGGCUGCAUUUAUACCACCCAUUGACCAGAGCGACAAUCACAAGGUCAUAGGCAUUGAGUCGGCCACGACAAAGUUCCUGGCCGAAUGAGCGCAUAUCCGAAGGAAUUAGGCUAUUAAACCGAUAUUAUAGUAAUUGAUACAGCGGCGCUGGCCUCGGUCUUGGUCUUCACAUUUAGAACCGAACCCUCUGUAGAUUUUUACUAUAAAAUACCUGCUAUUAGAGAGUGGGGAGCAUUUAAUUUCAGAGUUUAGUGCUUCUGAACCCUUAAGCUGGUAGAGGAGAGAGUGGCCCACACACCCGAGAUAUAUCGUCCUGUGUCAAACCUCUGUGGUACAAUUAGCGACUGGUGGAGCAAACCGGUGGACGGAAUCCAGCCAGAUUAAUAUAAAUUAUUGAAAGCAUAGCGUAGCGCAUAUGUAGGCUACGGAAUGAAAAUUUAUUCAAUGAACCACUCAGUACAUUUCGCUUGACUUUUUUGAUCAGGGUGAUCGUCAUACUCCCAAAUUUCUAUAGUACAAAAUAGAACGUCAAAUAUUUUGAGCCUCUAUAGUCCUUGUUAUAGAAAUCUCCGGGGGGGGGGGGUCGUGUGUCCAUAAUGGCGACAAAUGCGUUGGCUCUCGGUCAUACCACACUGAAUUCCCCAUGCUCCUGCACAACAAAGCUGGCAAAAUGGUCCAACUACAUGGUAACAACUCGUCAGGCACGAUCUGUAUCAACUUCAUAUGCAUUGUAGUAAUUUAUGAAUGUAUGAAAUAAAAUAACGA